UAUUUUUGAUUGUGAAUAAUAAAAAAAAAAAAUAAUAAUAAUAACUCAAAACUUACCAACAAAUUCUUCCUAUAAUGCUGUCACCUCAGGAUAGGCACACCGUUUUACUUGAAUUAAAACGUUUAAGACGUAUUGGAAACGUCCGUGAUCCGUUUGUAAGGAUUAGUAGAAUCCUUAACAACAGAUACACUGCUAGCCAGAUUAGUAAUUACUAUCGUAAUUAUCUUAACCCUGAACUUAACCUUGAUGAUUUAAACGAUGAUGAAGAGUAUUUUAUUGACGAUUGGAUUUUAUGUAAUAGGACAGAAAAUGGGACAAUACGAUGGACGUCUCUUAUUAAAGAUCUAAGAAAACGAUUUGGCUUUCUUAGAUCUGAAAAUAUGGUCAAGAACUACUGGUAUACAAAACAGAAACGUUCUAGAAACUCAAGUCAGAGACGUAGACGCUUAUCAACUUCUUCAAGAUCUUCAAGAAGAUCAAGCACCUUUACCAUCGCAUCAACCGUUAUUCCUGUAACUACUAUCACCUUACCAUUCGAUCCAACUGCCUUGCUUACUCCUCCUCAUCAUGAUGACUAUACUUACCAUCAGCAACAUAAUUAUUUAUUACCCACUUUACAAUGUAACUUUUACCCAAAAGAAGACAAAUUCCUCUUUAAAAAAUUCUUGUAAAAUAAUGCAUUUAUUUGUACAAUAUGCAAUGUAAAGUACAUGUUUUUUU